UUUGUGGUGUCUUUAUCGUCAUCUGCCCGCGACGCGAGUUCACGCAGAUUGAGGAGGGCCCGCGGCAGUCAAAGGCGCAGGAGAAGUAGGCGACCGUGGCGCCUGUCCCUCCGUCCUAGGUCGUCAUGUCCUUGGGGCCGGUACUCUGUGGAGUUCGGAGCCGCUCGGGGCUGAGUGCUCUGCGAGCGGCAAAGCUUCAUGUUAGCAGUAAUUGGAACCUGAAAUAUGGCUGGCUGGCCUAUGUGCUGGGAGAGAGAACAACUAAGAAGUUUAAUGCAUUCAGCAAAGUUUUCACAGUGGAUGGCAAUUUACGCAGCGGCAAAGGCAAACUGGCAGAGCAGAUAGCAGAAAAGCUAAAUAUGCGCUACUUCCCAGAGGCAGAUAUUCAUUAUUUAGAUAAGGUUACAGUAGAUGGAUCAAUUCUGGAAUCAAAAUUCAAUGGCAAUUGUAGCCUGGAGACAUUCUACAAUGAUCCUAAAAAUCCAAACGGAAAUUCAUACCGCCUUCAAUACUGGUUGUACAGUAACCGCCUUUUGCAGUACGGUGAUGCAUUAGAACACCUCCUGGCUACAGGACAAGGAGUAGUACUGGAACGCUCCCCCUACAGUGAUUUUGUAUUCUUGGAUGCAAUGUUUAAGCAAGGCUACAUUCACAAAAGGUGCGUAGAGCACUAUGAGAAGACCAAGCACCUGAGCAUUUGUGAGGUCUUGCCUCCUCAUCUUGUCAUUUAUAUCGACGUACCUGUCCCAGAAGUGAUGAAGAGAAUCGAAGAGAAAGGAGAGCCAUAUGAAAAAAAGGUGUCAUCUGCUUAUCUUCAGAGCAUUGAAGACAGCUAUAAGAAAUCUUUUCUGCCAGAAAUCAGUGAGACCUCUGAGGUUUUGCAGUAUACAGCCAGUGAGGCUGAGGAAGUGGAUAUAGUCAUUGAAGAUAUUGAAAGCCUGAAGUUUGAGAAGCAGCCUUGGGUGGAUCAAAACGACGCUAGUCUUCAUCACUUGAGGAAACUUGUAGAGAACAAGACGUUAUUGAUGCGUCCUACAAACAUUCCGUCAUAUAUUCCGGAAAUCACAGUAGGAGGCCAUGAGUUUGACAAACUGUAUUACCAAUACAAGGAUCUUCCAGGCCGCAAAUACGCUGCUGGUUAUAAUGCUGACGUGGGAGACAAGUGGAUUUGGCUGAAAUAAAACUCCCGGGGAGAAGUGGAAGUGUUCAGUUGGCCACUGAACUAGGAUUAUGACAGCGAUGAUGAAGCUCCUAUUAGUCAUCCAGCCCUUUCUACCUGCGCAGGGUAAUUGACGCACAAGAAGAUCCCAGGGUGUAGAUUUACCUUGUUGCAAAAAGUGCAUCCUUCCCAAGGCUGUUCUGAAAUGCAUCUCACUAGGAAGACUUAAGUAGCUUAUGCGGCAGGUAGGCUUGAUGAUUUAAAAUGGGAUCUCAUCAUUGAAACUUUGGCUUAACGUGUCCUAAGAAUUUGACUGGCUGUUGGUAAAAUAAAACCCUUGGCUGGAA